AUGGACAGAUUUUUGAGAAUCUGUGACACUACCAAGCAUAACGGGGUGUCCGAUGAUGCAAUUAGACUCCGACUGUUCCCUUUUGCUGUAACAGGAAACACUCUGAGAUGGUUGAAUAGACAAGCCCCCAACAGCAUCAGAACGUGGGAUGAACUGGCGGCUAAAUUCUUCGCAGAGCACUUCUCUAGGGAGAAAUACAACAAGUUGGUGAAUGAAAUCACCAACUUCACUCAACAACCAGGAGAAACUCUAUGUGCAGCUUGGACCAGAUUCCAAGAACUGAUCAGAAGGUGCCCCGCGUAUGAUCUGCCAGACGGAAAGAAGGUCAGAGUCUUCUAUAAUGGAAUGACACCAGACUCCAGAAUGAUUGUCAAUGGUGCAGCCGGUGGGACCAUAGCAAAGAAGAUAGCAGCUCAAACUUUAGACCUGAUCGAUUUCAUGUCGAGGGCUGAGAAUGCAUCAAUGGCAGUUCAACCAAUUCAACCAAGAAGGGGAAUUCUGCAAUUGGGAAACAAUGAUGCAUCGCUAGCAGAACAAAAGAUCUUAUCUCAACAGAUAGUCAGUUUGAAUGCUAAGUUGGAAAAGAUGCAACUUUCGAUAGCUCAAGUUAACUCGUUUAACUGUGAGUAUUGCAAAGGAGAGCAUGAGACCAUCGAAUGCCCAACACUUAUAGGAGCUGAUUCCUUUCAAGUUAAUGGAGUCUGGUAUGAUCCAAGACCACAGCAGAACUUCCAGAGAAACCAGAACAAUGCUCCUGGAAACAACUUCCAAAGGAGAUUUCAAGGGGGAGGUUUAGAUUACAAAUCCGACCAAUAUUUACAACCUCCUCCAAUUUCACAAACUCAAACAUCUGAGCUAGAGAAAGAACCGAAACAGUUGACAAAGACAACUGAAGCGUUCAUGAACGAGACCAGGACUCAUCAUAAAAAUCAAGAUGCUUCAAUCAGAAAUCUAGAAACUCAAAUUGGGCAGUUGUCAAGACAAUUAGCUGAGAGAAGUCCUGGAACAUUCCCCAGUGACACUAUAAUCAACCCAAGGGAGCACUGCAAUGCCAUCACUACUAAAAGCGAGAAUCUAGAAAAAGUGGAAGCUCCUACAGGAAAGGAUGAUCACACUCAAGAAGGCAAGGAAGAAGCAAAAGAGAAACCUCCUGUAGUUCAGAAGAAGCAAUGA